AUUGAAUCACCAAACCCUAACCCUAACCCUAACCCUAACCCUAGAUCCUUCGACGAGCCAUGUCGAUCCUCGAUUCGAGCUGGAUCUCCGAGACCUUCGCCCGGGAAACCGACGCCCUAACCCGCGCUCUUCAGGUAUCUCUCUCCCCCUCCUCCUCCACCAUCUCCUCCCCCUCGCACCCCUCCUCCUCCUCCUCCGCCGCCGCCGCCGCUCUCCUCCUCCGCCUCGUCAACAACCCUCACCACUCCGCCGCCGCCGCCGCCGCCGCCGCCGCCGCGGCUGCGGGGGCGGGGCCGAGGUUCCAGAUGCCUCCGGCGGUGGCUUCUAGAAGGAUCUCGAAGCGGAGAUCCCGCGCGUCGAAGCGGCUCCCGACGACGUACAUCAGCGUGGAUCCGGCGAACUUCCGGCGGAUGGUCCAGGAGGUGACCGGGGUCCGGUUCGGCGAGGGGGACGGCCCGGCCGAGCCGGCUCCGACCCGGCCGGACCAGAGCCUGUUCGCCGCGGACCGGGCCGCCUCGGGGCUGCCGCCGCAGCCGAGCUGCGGCUUGCCCACGCUCGACACGUCGGCGUUCCUGCUCGACCGGGCCGGCUCGGAGCUGCGGGAGGACGGUUCGGUUGGACCGGACCUCGGUGGGCCGGGGUUCGAGUUCGACCCGUUCCCGUGCUUCCCUACGUUGGAGUCGUGGGGCGGAGUGUGAGGAGGAGAUAAACUAAUAUAAAUAGUAAUUAAAAAAAAAUCGUAUAUUUUUUUAAAAAAUUUUUGGGGAUAAAAAAUGUAUAAGGGACCCCUCCAUUAUAGCUCUGUUUGAAAAUGGCCCCUCAACUUCAUCUGUGGAAUUGAACAAUUUUAGUCUAAAAAAUCAUAAAUAUUAUCAACGUGAUUGGUUCGUAAUUCAUCCAAUUUAAAUAGUCUUUUUCACUUGCUAGCAGAUAAAAUUAAUAAAAUAACUAAAAAUUAAUAAUAUAAACUGAACUAGAGAGAGUAAUUUAAAUUAAAAAAAUUACGAGUUCACAGUUUUUUAAAGAGAAAUAAUGUAGAGGGGACUUUAUUUUGAAACUCCUAUAGUUGAGGUGUCUCUAUACAUUUUUUCUUUUUCUUUUUCCUAGUUCAGUGUUUACUAGUGCGAUGGAAAUUGGAUGGACAUAGUUUUGUAAAUGUAUUGAAGCUGAUUGUUGAUCCUUUUUUAUACAUAUAUGUAGCAACUUUUAUGUACUUUAAAUAGCUCUUUAUAUGUAUAAUUAAUAAAACCUGAACAUUUUUAUCUUUUC